AUGGUGACUAAAGUUUUCUCCGUGAUCGGGCCUAAGGUACUUCGUUCUGGCCAUCCUUAUGAAUUUUCUAUCGUUUCAAGUGGAAUAAAAAAUGCAGUGAUUGUCAACGUCAAACUCUCUGGAAUUGAUAUUAACGGCAACUAUGUUGAACAGAAUAUUAUUGGAGUGAACUUGAAAUCUGGUGCCCUGAAAAAUCUUAAGUUUAAUACUGAAAAUUUAAGAGAUGGUUCCUACAAGUUGAAUGUCGGUGCAGCCGAUCGCAAAACUGGUGAAACCUACUUUAGUAAUCGACAAUUAACGUUUUUGAAAAAAUCACAUUCAGUAUUGUUGCUAACGGAUAAAUCCAUAUAUCGACCAGGAGAUGUGGUAAAUUUUAGAGUGUUUUCAAUUGAUUCUGAGGCACGGCCAUCUGAUUUGGUCGGGGCUGUCGUAACGAUAAAAGAUUCAGAAGAUAAUGAUAUUAGAACAUAUGCGAAUGUGACUUUUGAUAAUGGUAUGUAUCAAGGAUCAUUAGCGUUGAGUCAGAUGCCUAAUUUGGGAACAUGGACGAUAUCAUUGGAAGAUACAUCUGAGGAAGGAGAGACCUACAGAAAAACGUUUGAAGUUGAAAAAUAUGUACUUCCUGUUGUCGCUGUUAAUAUUAUUCAUCCUGAAUCGGUUGGAAUUCCUGAGCAGAAAUUUCCCGUAACAAUAUCGCCUGAAUAUACUUUUGGUGGAGCAGUUAAAGGAAGAGCAAAUGUGAAAUUUUUUAACUCAUACUAUUAUAGUAAUGACAACCAAGCACUUUAUACAAAACAGUUUGAUAUCGAUAAUAGUAGUGUGACUUUCGAGGUUGACAUUCAAAAACAUUUGAACAUACGUUACGGCAGAAGAGUUGCCAUAGAAGUUUCUUUUACAGAUGAUUUAAGUGGAAAAACAGUUGUCGCUACGUCAAUAAUGCAAAUUAAUAGAUACUCUUAUCGUUUGGAAGUUAUUGGAGACUAUUAUUAUCAAAAAUCUGCAAUGAAUACGUAUACAGUUUCGGUUCGAAGCUUCAACAGUGAAACUCCUCCACCACAAGGCUCUAAAGUGAGCGUAAGUAUUGAGGGAUAUUGUGCAUGGAGAGAUUCCAACUGUGUGCGGGAGACAUUUAUGGAAAAGCAAUAUGAAUUAAACUCAGAUGGAACUGUCGUGAUUCAAUUUUUUGCACCACCUCAAUUUUCUUAUAUCUAUAUACGGGUCCGCAUUCCAAAUGAUGCAAGUUCUUCAAAAUACAUAAGACCCGGAUCUAGUGUUUCCAUUCCUAGAUGGAGAAUUAGUUCCCUCACCAAAAAGUAUGAGAACUUCUAA